CUGGGGGAUAAUGUGACACAUUUGACUCAGGGUCCCUUGCUCAAAUGAAGCCUGGCGGAGCAAGCAGACACUUCACAUUGGAUUAUCAGGGAAGGAGCUUCGGUCUUGGGAGAUUUAGCAACAAUGGCAGAGAGAAGCGGCAGGGAGAAAGUCAAUGGAGAGAGCAACAGCUUCUUCUCUAAACUCGGCUCAGGGAGCCCCAAGCCCAGGCAGAAAUAUGGAGGAAUGUUCUGCAAUGUGGAAGGCGCUUUUGAGAAUAAAACCAUCAAUUUUGACUCUCUAAGCGUCGGCAAGAGAAAUGGCAAAAAGGUGGAAAUGAACAACUCAAGUCCUGAAUCGGAGAGUGGGAGCGACUGCGGCAGUCUGAGCAGCCUGGAACGGCAAGGAAGCGACUCUGUGGAAACCCAGGGGUCUGUCAAGCUUAACAUGGCGGAGGUGACACCUCAGAGUGACCGACUGCUGAUAAAAGGUGGGAAGAUUGUGAACGAUGAUCAGUCCUUCCUCGCCGAUAUAUAUAUUGAAGAUGGAUUAAUAAAGCAAAUUGGAGAGAAUCUAAUAGUCCCUGGUGGAGUAAAAACCAUUGAUGCUCAUGGGUUGUUGGUUAUACCCGGAGGGAUAGAUGUUCACACGAGGCUACAAAUGCCAGUAAUGGGGAUGACCAGCGCUGAUGAUUUCUUCCAAGGAACAAAGGCGGCACUUGCCGGAGGCACCACCAUGAUAAUUGACCAUGUCUUCCCUGACUCUGGAAUGAACCUAGUGCAAGCCUAUGACCAGUGGAGAGAAUGGGCUGAUGGCAAAGUGUGCUGUGAUUACUCCCUGCAUGUAGAUAUUACCUACUGGCACGAGAGUCUGAAAGAAGAGUUAGAGGCAUUAGUAAAGGAUAAAGGUGUCAACUCCUUUCUCGUCUUUAUGGCCUACAAAGACCAGUACCAGUGCACAGAUGCAGAGAUGUAUGAAAUAUUCAGCAUUAUCAGAGACCUAGGAGCAAUAGCCCAAGUGCAUGCAGAAAAUGGGGAUAUUAUUCAGGAGGAGCAAAAGCGCAUGUUGGAAUGUGGCAUCACCGGGCCCGAGGGUCACGUACUCAGCCACCCCGAAGAGGUGGAAGCGGAAGCAGCGUACCGUGCCAUAACAAUCGCCAAGCAAGCCAACUGCCCCCUAUACAUCACCAAGGUUAUGAGCAGAGGAGCAGCAGAUGUGAUUGCCCAAGCAAAGAGAAAAGGUAUUGUCGUAUAUGGGGAGACGCUCACGGCCAGCAUUGGCACAGACGGAACUCAUUACUGGAGCAAAAAUUGGGCAAAAGCUGCGGCAUAUGUGACCUCCCCUCCUAUUAGUCCUGACCCCUCAACGCCAGAUCAUCUCACUUCAUUACUGUCAUGUGGCGACCUCCAUGUGACGGGAAGCGCACACUGCACCUUUACCACAGCACAGAAGGCCGUAGGAAAGGACAACUUCAUCCUGAUUCCUGAAGGAACAAAUGGAAUAGAAGAAAGGAUGACAAUAAUCUGGGAUAAAUGUGUGACUUCUGGCAAAAUGGAUGAGAAUGCCUUUGUGGCUGUGACCAGCACCAACGCUGCAAAACUCUUCAACCUGUAUCCCCGAAAAGGAAGGAUUGCAACAGGUUCAGAUGCCGAUCUAGUCAUCUGGAAUCCUAAAACGGCGAAAAUCAUCUCCGCAAAGACCCACAAUAUGAACGUGGAGCUAAACAUAUUUGAAGGCAUGGAAUGCCAUGGCGCCCCCGAGGUUGUGAUCAGUCAGGGAAGGAUUGUGCUGGAAGAUGGAAAUCUCCACGUGAGCCAGGGAUCUGGGCGUUUCGUACCCAGGAAAACAUUCCCCGAUUACGUGUACAAGAGGAUCAAAGCUAGAAACAGGCUAGCAGAAAUACGUGGCGUUCCAAGGGGCUUGUAUGACGGACCUGUCCACGAUGUCACGAUUACCACCAAGUCAGCGGCAUCCACGCCAGCUUCAAGGAUAGCGUGUCCUGGAAAAAUCCAAAUGGGACCAGUUCGAAACUUACAUCACUCUGGAUUCAGUUUGUCAGGAUCUCAAGAAGACGACCACGUUCCAAGGCGAACUACGCAAAAAAUAGUGGCACCCCCCGGUGGCCGUUCUAAUAUUACCUCGCUCUCUUAGUAUUACCAUAAAAACCCAUGGUGCUGGAUAGAAAUGUUUGUACUAGUGGGAGAGACUGGAACCUGCAUGAUGAUUAUAUGAAAUGUGGUCCUUAAUGCAACAUAUUCUAUUUACCUUUUGCUCACGGAUCCUUGUGAAAGAAGGUUAGAAAGGGAUUGGAGUAACCUAAGGGGAACAGUACUGUAAAAUUGCCUCUAUUUUGGCUACGACUAGGUAAAAUUAUUAAUGUAUCAUGCUUUAUUUGCAGUGAUAGGCUCAGAUGUGCGAGUGGGAUGAAUUAUAAGGGCAAGAUAUUUACAUUGAACUGUGUCAUAACAUUCAUAGCGACAUAAGGAUUUUGUUUAAAAAUCUUUUAUGGUAAAAAGCCAAAGGCAUCAUAUCUGUUCUAUCUGAUUUCAAAGGUGGUCAAGCAUAGGAUGUUGAUAUAUAGAUUAGCACAGUAUUCAACAAAGCCGCUUUAUUUUUUGCUUGGUGUUCCAAUAGCAUCAUUGAGCACUAUGCUUCAGGUGUCCAUAGCAGCACAAUUAAUACAAAUAUGCAUGCAUAUCAUAUAACAGACCGUUACUGCAUCUUAUACAGUUUCUUACAUAGCUUAUCAUAUACUAAGAGCUAUGGAUUCCAGUUUGGCCCAAAGGCAAUAGUUGCCCUUGCUAGCAUUUGCUGGUUGGUUGUUCGGGGGUUACUGAACAGGGACAAAUAGUGGCCCAAAUAUCUAGUUAUUUACUUCUUAAAAAUAUAAAUUCUUAGGGGAACAUACUGGUUUGCAGUAGUAAAGGAAGUUUUUAGGGAGUCAUACUGUACCUUCAGGUUGCCAUAGGGUCUACUGGUGCUUAAGGUUUUUUACUUUUAAGGUUUUUCUAUGGAACAUAAGUACAUGAAGUAUCACAAACCAACAUCUCUGCAACCUUGUCUGACCGAACUUCACCGUAAAAUAAUAUCUUAUGUGCCACUGAAUAAACCCCCAUCUCUCCUACACAUGCACCUAAAUAGCGCUGGGUCUGAAUAUACUAAAUAUGGAAAGACUAUACUGGGCCUUCAUGCUGUGGAGAGCUUCAUAUCCGCUGUAAAUAGUCUUUGCAUUGUGGGCUUCUUCUCAUAGGGCAGACAGGUGAGCAUAAACCACCCUUCCAAAAACUCAGCCUUCAGGGAAAAUCUAAUUAUCCUAUUAUUUAUGGUACAAGCUUUUUGUUGUUGUCCUAAUUUGAUCCUAAAAUCCAGUUAUUAUCUAAAUUAUUUUUGCUGAUUUUUUAAUGUACUGUACAGCCAUAUAAACAAUGUCUACGUACAUAAAGGCAUCAACCUUGUUUAAAAUACAUUUAAACUACGCAUGUUUCUUUCUUUGGUUUUUUUUUUACAUUUCCUUUGUUUACUGGGAUCAAUAAAGUUUAUUGAAAACUUUGAAAA